GAUAGGGAUGAGGAGCAAGCAGAUCCCGAAGACGAAAGCGUGCAAGUCGACAAUGUCCCGGAGGAUCUGGCCAACGAUGAGAUUGUUGAAGAGGAGCAAACGGCUCCGAAACGUAAGCGCAAACGGAAGGAUGGCGAGGAUGACCUUGAAGCCGUCUACAUGCAGCGACUGCAGCGCGAGGAGGAGAAGGAUCGUGAGGCUGCAGCGCUGGAACGCCAAGCCAAGCGCCAGAAGGCUCACGUAGAGAGUGACGCUACGGCGAGUACAUCUCAUGCCGAUGAGCCAUCCGGGCAGGUAAAUGGGAACGAGGACGCCGCUGCUGAUGCUUUCGACGAUGACAACAACGACGACGACGAUGUUGCCUCACCACCACCGCGCCACGAAACGCAAGAAUCCGCAGACGUCGAGCUCCAAAAAGCCAACCGCACCAUCUUCCUAGGCAACGUCUCCACCACCGCCAUCUCCUCCAAAUCCGCCCGCAAAACACUAAUCAAGCAUCUCACAUCCUUUUUCGACUCCCUCCCACCACCCAAAGACACCAACCCACCCGCACCAAAAUUAGAAUCCCUCCGCUUCCGCUCCACCCCUUACGCCACCUCCAUCCCGCGCAAAGCCGCCUUCGCCCGCAAAGAUCUCAUGGACGCGACCACGAAAUCCACAAACGCAUACGCCGUCUACUCCUCCCCGCAUCUCUGCCGUGAAGCAGCCAAGCGGCUCAACGGAAGCAUAAUCCUCGACCGCCAUCUCCGCGUCGACGUCGUCGCGCAUCCAGCGCCAACCGACCACCGCCGGUGCGUUUUCGUGGGAAACUUGGGCUUCGUAGACGACGAGUCAAACAUCCAAGACGCGAAUGAAGCGGACGGGUACGAGAAGCGGAAACGCGGCAAAGAACCCGCGGAUGUGGAGGAGGGACUUUGGCGCACGUUCUCCAAGUGUGGCACUGUGGAGUCCGUGCGCGUGAUUCGGGAUAGUACGACGCGGGUGGGGAAGGGGGUGGCGUAUGUGCAGUUUGAGGACGAAAACGGCGUGGAGGCGGCGUUGGGGUAUGAUGAGAAGAAGUUCCCGCCCAUGUUGCCGCGGAAAUUGCGGGUCAGCCGGGCGAGGGCGGUGAAGAGGAAUGCUAAGCCCGGGUCGGGACGGCCUGGGUCGAAUGCUACGGCGGGGAAGACGGCGGGGGAGAGGGGUGGGUAUACCCGUAAAGUAUCUGGCGAGGAGGCUUCACGCGCGGGACGAGCGGGCAAACUGUAUGGUCGGGCGGCGGCGGCGAGGGGGAUUAGGAAGCCGGAGGAUUUCGUGUUUGAGGGUCACCGGGCGACGAGUAAAAGUGGCAAGGCGGGGUUGAAGUUGGGGAAGAAGGGGAAGAGUAGUGUGGGUAAGGGGAAGCCGACGGGGAGGAGUGCGAAGAGGGGGGCUGCGUUUAAGGCUGGGCAGAGGAAG